UAUCUGUUGUUAGGGGGUGUGACAGCCACUUCUCUCCAUCCAUCCAAAACCCUCUUCCACCGAACGUUAAACGGACCAAACACAAAGAAGUGAGGACGUUCUUCGGGAGGAGCGCUCAUCAUCAUCAUCCUCAUCCUCCUCCUCCCCACAGCUGAAGAUGGCGGACCCGGCCGAGUGCACCAUCAAAGUCAUGUGCCGUUUUCGGCCUUUAAACAGUUCGGAGGUGAUGAGGGGAGACAAAUAUAUCCCCAAAUUUCAAGGAGAGGAUAGUGUGGUCAUCGGGGGAAAGCCGUACAUGUUUGAUCGUGUGUUUCAGUCUAACACUUCUCAGGAGCAGGUUUACAACGCUUGUGCUCAGAAGAUUGUUAAAGAUGUGCUUGAGGGUUACAACGGUACGAUAUUUGCUUAUGGACAAACAUCCUCUGGAAAAACACACACAAUGGAGGGGAACCUGCACGAUUCUGACGGCAUGGGCAUCAUUCCCCGGAUCGUCCAGGAUAUAUUCAACUACAUUUACUCCAUGGAUGAAAACCUGGAAUUCCAUAUCAAGGUCUCCUAUUUUGAGAUUUACCUGGACAAGAUCAGGGACUUACUGGAUGUAUCUAAGACCAACCUGUCUGUACAUGAAGACAAGAACAGGGUUCCUUACGUAAAGGGUUGUACUGAACGGUUUGUGUGUAGCCCGGAUGAAGUGAUGGACACCAUUGAUGAAGGCAAAUCCAACAGACAUGUGGCUGUUACAAACAUGAACGAGCACAGCUCCAGGAGUCACAGUAUCUUCCUGAUAAACGUCAAGCAAGAGAACACACAGACGGAGCAGAAACUGAGUGGGAAACUCUUCCUGGUGGAUUUAGCAGGAAGCGAGAAGGUCAGUAAAACCGGAGCAGAAGGUGCAGUGUUGGAUGAAGCCAAAAACAUUAACAAAUCUCUUUCCGCUCUGGGCAACGUCAUCUCCUCUCUGGCUGAAGGAUCGACGUACGUUCCCUACAGAGACAGUAAGAUGACGAGGAUCUUGCAGGAUUCUCUGGGUGGGAACUGCAGGACCACUAUAGUGAUCUGUUGCUCUCCAUCCUCAUACAACGAGGCUGAGACUAAAACUACACUCAUGUUCGGACAGAGAGCAAAGACCAUUAAGAACACAGUGUGUGUGAACGUGGAGCUGACAGCAGAACAGUGGAAGAAGAAAUAUGAGAGGGAGAAAGAGAAGAACAAGACGCUAAAGAACACCAUCACCUGGUUGGAGAACGAGCUCAACCGCUGGAGGAACGGUGAGAGCGUCCCUGCUGAAGAGCAGUAUGAUAAGGAGAAGGCAAACGCAGAAGUUCUGGCUCUGGAUAAUGUGGUGAAUAAUGAUAAAAUCACCUCGUCUCCCAGCAUGCCUGCCCUCAAAUUCACUGACGCCGAGCGUGAGAAGUGUGAGGGUGAAUUAGCCAAACUCUACAAACAGCUGGAUGACAAGGAUGAUGAGAUAAAUCAGCAGUCUCAGCUGGCUGAGAAACUCAAGCAGCAGAUGUUGGAUCAGGAAGAGCUGCUGGUCUCAACGCGGAGGGACCAUGACAACCUCCAGGCGGAGCUCACCCGUCUGCAGAUGGAGAACGACGCGUCUAAAGAGGAGGUGAAGGAGGUCCUGCAGGCUCUGGAGGAACUUGCCGUCAACUAUGAUCAGAAGAGUCAGGAGGUGGAGGACAAGACCAAGGAGUUUGAAACCCUGAGUGAAGAGCUCAACCAAAAAUCUAGCGUUCUCGCAUCUAUUGACUCUGAGCUGCAGAAACUGAAGGAAAUGACCAACCAUCAGAAGAAGAGAGUCACUGAGAUGAUGUCAUCACUGCUCAAAGACCUGGCAGAGAUCGGCAUCGCCGUAGGCAGCAAUGACAUUAAGCAUGAAGGUGGAGGUCUCAUUGAUGAAGAGUUCACAGUGGCUCGUCUGUACAUCAGUAAGAUGAAGUCGGAGGUGAAGACUCUGGUGAAGCGCAGCAAACAGCUGGAAGGCUCUCAGGCCGAGAGCAACAAGAAGAUGGAUGAGAACGAGAAAGAGCUCGCAGCCUGUCAGCUCCGUAUCUCUCAGUAUGAGGCAAAGAUCAAGUCCCUGACAGAGUAUCUGCAAAACAUUGAACAGAAGAAGAGACAGUUAGAGGAGAAUGUUGACUCUCUCAAUGAGGAACUGGUCAAAAUCAGCGCCCAGGAGAAAGUUCAUGCAAUGGAGAAGGAGAAUGAGAUACAAAGUGCUAAUGAAGUCAAGACUGCCGUCGAGCAGCAGAUUCAUAACCACAGAGAAGCUCAUCAGAAACAGCUAAGCAGCCUUAGAGAUGAGCUGGAGAUCAAGGAGAAACUCAUCACUGAACUGCAGGAUCAGAACCAGAAGAUCAUGUUGGAGCAGGAGCGCUUGAAGGUGGAGCAUGAGAAACUCAGAUCCACUGACCAGGAGAAGAGCCGCAAACUGCACGAGCUCACGGUGAUGCAGGACAGAAGGGAACAGGCCAGACAGGAUCUCAAAGGCCUUGAGGAGACAGUGGCCAAAGAGCUGCAGACUCUUCAUAAUCUGAGGAAGCUCUUUGUUCAGGAUCUGGCCACGCGGGUGAAGAAGAGCGCUGAGAUGGACUCAGAUGACACUGGUGGCAGCGCGGCGCAAAAACAGAAGAUCUCGUUCCUUGAGAACAACCUUGAACAGCUCACUAAAGUGCACAAGCAGCUGGUGCGUGAUAACGCUGACCUGCGCUGUGAGCUGCCCAAGCUAGAGAAGCGCCUGCGGGCGACGGCGGAGCGCGUGAAGGCUCUGGAGUCUGCGCUCAAAGAGGCCAAAGAGAACGCAGCACGUGACCGCAAACGCUACCAGCAGGAGGUGGACCGCAUCAAAGAGGCCGUCAGGGCCAAGAACAUGGCUCGCAGAGGACACUCUGCACAGAUCGCCAAGCCAAUCAGACCAGGUCAGCCCCCUGUCGCCUCUCCCACCCACCCCAAUGUCAACCGCUCAGGGGCGGGGCUCUUCCAGAACAACCAAUCAGUGGGCAUCCGUGGAGGAGGCGUAGCCAAACAGUAAAAUAACUGUUGAAUGCUGAAUAUAACCCCAGUAGCCCCAGCUGAAGCUGAUAUCACCCCAAAAAGCUAAACAGGCAUUCCACAGCACGGGAGGGUUCAAACCUAUACAUAUGGAAAUGAAUAUAAGUAUAUAUAUGUGUAUGAAACAUGAAAUACUAUCCCCGUCUGGGCUGUACAGUUGUUCCUCCAUUCUUAUCUCUUAUAUCUUCCCUUAAAAAAAUAUAAAGAAAACUAAAAAAGACAGGCUUUUUGCACCAGUGGACACGUGUGUAACUAGCGUGUAUCUCUUCACUCUUGCACAGUCGGUUUCUGCUCACAUCCUGCUCUCCACGUCCCUCACUGUGCCAAGUUGAAUGUAUUUCAAAAUUACAAAAGAAAAAAAAGGCAGAAA